CUGGGGCUCACUCCCGUUCUGGGUGCCGCUUUUCCUUUGUGGCCCCGUGGGCUCUUUGGCUCCGUGGUUUUGUGCCCCAUGGGGGGUUUUUCCCCCCGCUCAUCCCCCCGUCCUGCAGGAUGUUCCGGACGCUGUGCAGCUACUUCUGGUGGGAGCGGCUCUGGCUGCCUGCAAACCUCACCUGGGCCGAUUUGGAGGACCGCGAUGGGCGCGUUUACGCCAAAGCCUCCGAUCUCUACAUCACCAUCCCCAUGGCCUUCCUCUUCCUCAUCGUACGGCACCUCUUCGAGACAUACGUGGCCACCCCACUGGCCGGGCUGCUGGGUGUAAAGGAACGCGUCCGGCUGAGAGCCGCCCCAAAUGCGGUGCUGGAGAAGUUCUACGCCACCACCUCCAGGCAGCCCAAACAGGCUGAUGUGGAGAUGCUGUCGAGGAAGAGCGGCUGCUCCGUGCGCCAGGUGGAGCGUUGGUUCCGCCGCCGCCGCAACCAGGACCGACCCAGCCUGCUCAAGAAGUUCCGGGAGGCGAGUUGGCGAUUCACGUUUUACCUUCUUGCUUUCAUUGCUGGCAUGGCUGUCAUAGUGGAUAAGCCGUGGUUCUAUGACCUCCGGGAGGUGUGGAAGGGGUACCCCAUCCAGAGCAUCCUGCCCUCCCAGUAUUGGUACUACAUGAUCGAACUCUCCUUCUAUUGGUCACUGCUCUUCAGCAUCGCUUCUGAUGUCAAGCGCAAGGUGGGACCCCCUGACUGCCCCCCUCCCCCCCCGGGGGUUUCCGGGAGCCCCCCAGUGCAAUGA